GCAUGGAAAUGUGAUAUGGUCGCAUAUCUAUGUUUACAAAAUUAAAGUAGGCUAAUAUAAACUAGAUAUGUUUUAGAUAACGGGUAAACUAAAGUCGAGUAUAUUUAGUGUUUUGAAAUGGAGGCUACACCUGUUAGAUUCACUAAAACAAUUAGAGAUGUGGGAAUAUUUAUUAUAAUUGGAAUAUUGCUGUGCGUGUUCACUGGAAAAUGUGACGGAUAUAGCAUGGAAAAUUAUUGCAACGAUGAAUUUAGUUUCAUUUGGAAGACUGAAUACCAAGUUAGGCUUAAACUUAACGACAACAAUAUUUACGAAAAGAAGGAAAGCUACUACCCAUACAACAGACCACGAUAUUGUGAGACCACUUUUGAGGCCUGGAUUACACGCUAUCCAAAAUUCAUGUUCUAUUUCGAAGAGUUAGACCUCGACUGUGACAAAGGCCAUCUGGAGUUUUACAUUGGCAAGAGUACUGACACAAGACUGCCAGGCUUGGACAGAGAUAUAUGCGGAGCUGAUAAGCCGCAGGGUGUAUAUACAGUAGACAAAAGGUAUUUCCGCAUAAAAUACGUUCCUAAAAGGAGCCAGUACAUCAAUGAUAUCUUUUCUAUUAUCAUCACAACUUAUGGACCUGAAGAUACAUGUCCAAGUUAUGCGCACGUAUGUGCCAACUCAAGAUGUAAAGAUGAUGAUCUCGUAUGCAACGGCAAUAACUCCUGCGGUGAUAAUUCGGGUUGUGACCUUAGCACGGCUGCAAUCGUCGGUAUAGUUAUAGGAGGUCUCGUUGGGUUAGCUUUACUUGUCAGUGUAGUGGUAUGCUGUAUUUGUUGCACGAGACGAAGUGGAAACACUCCCGGAACUGUGCAGAACACGCCGGCAACAACCCAGGUUAUAGUCACAAUUUAA